CCUCUAACCUAUGGUCUAUGACCUUUACAGGUUGUUUUUCUUGCCUGAUCACCAAAAACACGAUUUGAGGGGCGUGAACAUAUUUUUGUUUCCUGCAAAGUUACUGGGUGAUCCAAGAUGCACAGUCAGUGGAGAGAUUGUCAGGAGUGGUCCAAGAUCAGCCUGCCUUUCUCCACCACCAGUAACGAGGCCUGUAAGAUGUACGAUGCAGUCCUUACUCAGUAUGUUGGCUGGUACGAUGACUCCAGUGUUGGGGGAGUGGACACCAGCCUGGAACGCCUGCUUCAGGCCGACCCAAACUUUGUGAUGGGAAAGGUCCUUGCGACUGGUCUGGAGCUGCUGGGUACAGGGAAGUCCAUAUACACAGACACAGGAUUGAGGGAAGGGGUAGAGGAUCUGAGGAAAACUGUCCAGAAGAACGUAGUAAACCCACGGGAGAAGAAACAUGCAGAAGCAGUACAGCUCUGGGCUGAGGGGGACAUGACAGGAGCCUGUGACAAGUGGGAGACUAUCCUACUGGAACAUCCCACAGACAUGCUGGCCCUUAAGAUGGCCCACGACACUUACUUCUAUCUGGGACAGUCUGCCCCCAUGAGAGACUCCGUUGCUAGGGUGUUCCCCGCCUGGAAACCAAGCAUGCCACAUUACUCGUACCUGUACGGAUUCCACUCCUUUGGUUUGGUGGAGACAAACUUCUAUGACCAAGCUGAGAAAGCUGCCCGGAAGGGUUUGGAGCUGAACCAGAAAGAUGCGUGGUCCACCCACUCCAUGGCCCAUGUACUGGAGAUGGGAGGACGGCAGGACGAGGGAAUCGCCUUCAUGUCAACAACUAUGACAGACUGGAACACCUGUGGUAUGCUGGCCUGCCAUAACUACUGGCAUUGGGCGGUGUACCAUGUGGAGAAGGGAGAGUACAUGGCUGCGCUCGACAUCUAUGAUAACGAGUGUGGGGCCCGGUCUAAAGGGUCGGGCGCUCUGCUGGACAUUGUGGACGCCUGCUCGCUUCUGUACAGGCUCAACAUGGAAGGUGUGGAUGUAGGUACGAGGUGGGAGGACCUGUAUGAAACCUGCCGACCUCACGCCGAUGAUCACAUCCUGGUGUUUAAUGACCUGCACGUCCCAGCAACAGCCGGGAUUCGAACUCCCAACCUUAUGGUCCAGAGGCAGAACACUUUCACUGUUCCCUUUCUCUCCUCUCUACCCAGGUGUGGAUGUAGGUCCCCGGUGGGAGGACCUGUACCAGACAUGUCAUCCCCACGCUGA